ACUCAUUUUCAGGUUCUUUAAGUUGUUUUUAGCAACAAACAAAAACGUUUUCUGUGAACAUGACGAUAAUUUCGUCAUUAAGUUGUGUCAUGUUGUUUCUGUUCAUGGUUUCCGACGGGAAAAAUGUGUUGAUCAUUGAAGCGCCGAAAAAUACGACGAGCCCGUCGACAAUGACGAGCCAAGAACAACGUCUUCAAAACCCCGUUUCGUCCAUUUCGACCCCCGCUCAUUUGGUCGAAGUGCAAAUGAACAGCGACCAGCCAUUUGGCCACCAGGAACAAAAGAAGCAAGAAUCUAGUACAACCGCACCCGAAAAGCAAGACUCCAACACAAACCAAAUACCAUUAGCCAUCAGUAAUUCCAACACUGGAGACGCUCACAAUUUCGCAACUAGGUCAAAGAGACAAUCCCAUCACCAUCACAAACAACACAGUGAACAUGAAAGCCGUGUGGUUAAACCUGCAACAGCGACAUCUGUUCCAAAAGAAAACAUCAUCGUCCAACUGUUGCAGCAAUUUUUUGACGAACUUCCUGCUGAUGAAAACACAAAACCGGAAUUCAUUGUCAUCGAACACAGAGAGGUCCUAGCAGAGGCACUGCUUCAAAUUCUGGAAUUCGCAGAAUUGGGUUACAAAAUGGUGCAAUCCAUCCAAGUUCAUCCGUCACCAGCACAUGAUCACGCGUCAAAUUCCACCAACAAUGAAAAAUUCGAAGAAUCAAAACACGCAGAUGUCGAAAAGAAUUCUGACGAAAACGCCGAGGAUUCCCAGCACAAACUCAAGCAUUUUCCCGAACUCACCGAACAUACCCAAGAACCAACAACAACCCAGGCAAGUCUGGAUCAACGUAUUAUCGACCCAGUCUUGUCCAAGGCAAUAAUUUCCCAGUACAUUGAAACCCAAAUGAACCAAGAGCAAGUCCACAAGCAAGACUCGACUACAGGGUCGCCAACAAAACAAGAACCCGACGAGCGAAAAACAGAUUUCUUCGGUAAGAGUGAUAUUGUUGUUGUUGCUGGAAAUGAUAACACGGAAAAGAGACCAGAGAGACAAUCAGUGCCUCAUCAGCAACACGGACAAAUCAAUAGUGAAACAGGUCAUCAUCAAGCAAUUGCACCAGCGACAUCUGCUCCAGAACAAAGUCUUCUUCAAGCACUCCAAAUGUUUCUUGACGAAAUUUUCCAUGAAAAUACCAAAAGCGAGUUGAUUACUUAUCAGCGUCGUGACACUCUCGCAAAUGCCUUGGUUCAAAUCCUGGAAUUCUCCGAAUUGGGUUACAAAAUGACCCAACAAUUCCUGGAGCGAUUAGAACAACCGAAAGACGCCUCCGAGGGAAAAGCGUCAGUGUUGCCCGAAACCGAAACCCUGUUGCCCACCGCCGAAACCCAAGCCCUGUUGCCCACCACCCAAACCCAAGCCGUGUUGCCCACCGCCGAAACCAAAGCCCUGCUGCGGAAGGAAGUAAAUCGUCAGUGUUGCCCGAAACCGAAACCCUGUUGCCCACCGCCGAAACCCAAGCCCUGUUGCCCACCACCCAAACCCAAGCCGUGUUGCCCACCGCCGAAACCAAAGCCCUGCUGCGGAAGGAAGUAA